AUGUACGGGGCAUGCGCUCUACACAUAAAUGGGAUGAGAUGCAUUAGCUGUGUCAGUAAAAUCACAGAUGCUCUUAACAAUUCUUAUGGGAUUUUGGCUGUGGAUGUCAGUCUUGCGUGUAAGCAGGCUUUUGUCGCCUUCUCAUCCCCUCAGAUUACUGCCGAUGCACUAAUCGACAAAAUACACAAUCUCGGGUUUGAGGCUUAUUUCAUAACUGAGAACUUUGAAUCUGCAUGUGGUCGUGCAUCUACUAGAACUUUUCUUCCUUCCUGCAACAAUCCUCCAAGUCUUAUUCGAUCCCAGUCUUUCAAUUAUACGUCUUCUGACUUUGAAGCUAUUUCUCAAUUGCUAUACACAAUUCCGGGUAUUUUAUACGUCUUACAAGCCAGUACUUCUAAUACAGUUGAAAUCUGGAGUACUUCCGACGACAUUUCCCCUCAAGAAAUUCUUUCCAAGCUGAACCAACAGGGCUUCGAUGUUACAUUAACUGCGGUGAACUCUUUGGAGAAUACGGUGGCAGAAUUCGAUCCUCUGGAAUCUUCAAUUAGUCUUCGGCAUGAAAGUAGCUAUCUCAUUGUGGAUAUGGUUGCUUCUCUUCUGAUCGAUUCCAUUCAAGAAAUUGUCGGAGAUAUUCCUCUAGAGAGUCUUGCAUUUUGCCCAAAUGAGCAAUCCUAUCGGCAUAUAAUUUCUCUUCCUAAACAGACCUCAACUCGAUCUGUCGCUGACAAGCUCACCGCGAACGGAUAUCCUUCUGCAAGUAUCAGAUCUGUUCCGUCCAAUUUAGAGAUCUGCAUAUCGAUUUAUGGAAUAACGAGUGAGGAGACUGGGAAAAGAGCAUUGGCCGCACUGCUACCUCUUCUCCCUGAGGGAGCAUUUGAAACGAGACUAGGUAGUGACGAGGUGAUUGUAACCUUAAACUCUCGUUCUACUCUGAAUGAUACUUUCCUGCGGAGUUUUAAUUUGAGCAAAAUACAUUCGGCUCUUGAGAAACUCGGCUAUAACUGCUUUUCUUCGAACUCAGGCUUUAGGAAUGAAGUAAAAUGGGGAAAUAUUUCCGAUUCGUCAGUACCGUCGUCCGCAUUUAGUGAGGAUCCAGAAGAAGCAAGAAUUAAUCUAGGCUAUUUGAAGGGCGGCGAUUGGUCAAUCUGUCGACUUCAUGUAACGGGAAUGACAUGCAGUAGCUGCGUUAAUGCUAUCGAGGGGGUGUUGAAUAAAAUUCAAGGUGUCAAGACUGCAACGGUUAGUUUGCUCUCAAAUAAAGCUGAAAUAGCCUAUGAUGCUUCGUUAACUGAGCCGUCAAAACUUGCGGAUUUGGUUAACGAGAUGGGUUUCACUGCAGAGGUGAUAGAGGCAAAGAAAGCAUCUGCCAUCUCCCCCGAAUGUCGGUCUCAAACCAUUGAAGUCACUAUCGUUGGAAUGACCUGUAGUUCUUGUGUGAACUCAAUUGAAUCUGCCCUUAAGAAACUCCCUGGAGUCAUAUCCACUUCUGUAGUUCUUGCGACCAAGCGUGGUAAAAUCGAAUUCGAUCCUCAUUUGACCGGAGCAAGACAUGUAUUGGAAGCCAUUGAGAACUUGGGCUUUGAAGCGUCGAUGUAUGCCGAGCGCAACAAAUCUAAUCGAGAUUUUGAUGAAGUUAAACGAUGGCGUUGCAACUUUAUCAUUAAUCUCCUCCUUGGUCUUCCCACUAUGCUUGCUAUGCUUAUUUUCAUGAUGAUCUGGCCGCAUAGUCCUGUAGGGGGCUACUGUCUUCCCCGUAUGCACAACGCUUCAGGCAAUUUUAACCAUCCUCACCCCAUACCGCCUAUGCUCUCUCCUGGUCUUUCAUGGGAAAAUUUUAUCAUGUUUCUUCUGGCUACUCCCGUUCAAUUCAUUAGCGGUCGACAUUUUUAUAGUCGAGCUUAUCAGUCAUUGAAGCAUGGAAUGGCUAAUAUGGAUGUGCUGCUGGUGAUUGCUUCAAGUAUCUCUUACACGUACUCCGUUGUUGUUGUUCUAAUCGCCAUGUGUCAUCGAUGGUCCACUAGUCCACGUACUGUCUUUGAGGCCACACCAAUGCUCUUUCUCUUCAUUUCUCUUGGUAGGUGGCUUGAGAAUUUGGCCAAGGAGAGGACGUCCGAGUCUGUUACAAAACUUCUAUCCCUUCAAGCUAAAGACGCCACACUUAUGGAAACUCCGGUUUCGAAGGAUAAAGUUGAUAUCCAGAAUCUAACUAUUGAUACACUUCAGACCUUUCGAGAACGGCGGAUACCAAUAGAUCUUGUUCAGCGAGGAGACAUUAUAAAGAUUGUACCGGGAGAGAAAGUUCCAGUAGAUUCUCGGGUUGUCUUUGGUGUCUCUUCUUGUGAUGAGUCGAUGCUCACUGGGGAAUCUAUGCCAGUUCCUAAAGUUGUCGGCAGCGUCCUAGUGGGUGGUUCAAUCAAUCUCUCAGGUCUGCUUUAUGUGCAAGCAACUCAUAUUGGCAGUGAGUCAACUCUUGCGCAGAUUAUUGCCCUAGUUGAGGACGCCCAGUCGUCUAAGGCACCAAUUCAACAGUUGGCGGACAAGAUUUGCGGCUACUUUGUGCCCGUUGUCAUUUUCCUUUCCCUGGUCUCUCUAAUCUUCUGGAUUGUGAUUGGAUAUCUGCAUUCCUCACUCAUUCGUGGCUAUACAGUAGUGUUUAAUUUCUUUUUUUAA